AUGGGACUUUUGAGACCAAGAGAACGUGUUAUUGUAAAUGCUAUAAGGAGGGAGAGUAGGAUAAAAUAUAAAGCAAAGCGUAUGCAUAAGCGCUUUCGUUCAUGGGCACAACAAAGAGUUAGAGAAUAUUGGCUACCUAUGAAUGUUUGCUUAACAAGUCAGGUAAAUUUAAUGGAUGGUCAAUAUAUCUCAGCUUGUGUGCAAAAAGCAGCAACACUAAGAAAACAUGAUUAUGCAUUGUGGAAAGGAUAUAGUGAACGAAUAUUAGAAAUUUCUAAUACAUUAACACCACAACAAAUUGGUUAUAUAUUUUAUGGAAUGGGAAAAAGUGGAUUUUUAAAUAUGCCGUUUUAUAAUAUAUUUUUAAAUAGUGUAGAAAAUAGUUUAGAUAAUUUUUAUAGCCAUCCAUUAAUGUGUGUAGCAUGGGCAUUAAAUAGAUUGUUAAUAAGAAAAGAAGAAUUUUUAAAAAAGUUAUGUAAAUGUGUUAUAAAUAAGUUUGAUGAAAUUCGAAUAAAAGAUUUAAUUAAAAUAAAUACUUCAAUAGCUAAACUAGGAAUUGAUGAUAAAAAUUAUAAAACUUUUAUAAACAAAAAUAUAAUCAAUAAAUUAGAAACAAUUUUUGCACAAGAUUUUAGAAAUGUAAUAAAUGAUGUUACAUUAAUUAAUUUAUAUGAUGAUGAAGUAAAAAAAUAUAUAUUAACACGUUUUAGUAAUAUGUUUAUAUGUGCUAGACCACAGCAUUAUAAAAGUGCAUAUAAAUCGGCAGUUGCCAUACGAGUAUUAUAUCCACAUGUAUGGGACUCAUUAACAAAUAAAGUAAAAAGUUUUUAUGUUAGAUUAAGCAUGAGAAGGAUUCCUGAAAGUGCUAGAACACCAUCAGAAUUUCAAUGGGAAGUAUCUGAUUGUUUAGCAAAACUUGGAAUUGGACAUAGAAAUACAUUUUUAUGGGGUUGUUAUUUUAUUGAUAUUGGAGAAACAAAUGAAAAAAGAAAUUGUUGGUUUGUUGAUGGACCUUCAUCUUUUUACACAGCAACAAAUCAAUAUACUGAAUCUGUCAAAUUACAACAUCGAAUUUUAUAUGAUUUAGGAUGGAAUAUUAGAAGAAUUGUUUGGAUUGAUUGGCUAAAUAUGGGAAAUAAUAUUUCUCAAAAAAUCGAAUUUGUAAAAAAACAAAGAAACAAUGAACCGCUAGGUCAAAAUUUAAUUCACACUCCAGUUAUACAUCCCGAUGAAAUUGCCGCAAAAUUAAAGGAAUUAAAAUUGUAUAAAACCAAUAAAGAAAUGGAAAAAUAUAAAAACCAAGAAAAAAUAGAGCUAAAUAUAUAA